CGGGGACUCGCUCGUCCGGGUCAUGAAGACAUAUUUUGCCAUUUAUUGUGUGCCGCUUACCUUUCUCUGCUGCACUGGUAAUGGCAUUAUUACUUGGCUCACCCGGUGUCGGAAAGACUCUUCUAUCUAAACGACUACAGACAUGUUCAGCCAAGGGUAACGAUGGCAUGGAUGUACCGCUGGUCACCUCUGCAACGGUUGGCUUAAACCUAAUCGACGUUAACAUUGGUCGGAAGCAAGAAGUGACUAUCACAGAAGUUGGAGGAUGCAUGGCUCCAAUAUGGCCCAAAUACUACAAAGAGACCAAACGGUUAAUGUUUGUUAUUGAUAUGUCCAACAGGAUGCAGAUCUCAGCCUCAUGUAUCCAACUGCUUGGUUUACUGGAUAGUGAUCAACUGCAGGAUGCAGCUUUUCUCCUCAUAUUCAAUAAAAUGGACAUGCCAAAUGCAAUGAAUCGAUGCGAAUUUGGAGCCAUUGUCAGGCUUGAGGAGAUCAUACAGAAUGCUGUCCAGAAAGUCACUGUUGUGGAGGUGAGCGCAAAGGAAGGGAGGGGACUACAAGAUAUCAUCAAGUGGCUGCAAGAUACGUGAGGGAACGAGAAGAGUGUGUGUGCAAUGCGCUGAUGAACAGAUCUGGGGGACGCCAAGUGGGAAGCCAGUGUGGUUACCUGGAGGUUUCUCCUAACGCCCAUCUGAGAGAAUGCUGAAAGCGGUUAUAAGUGUAAAUUUCGCUCUUAUGGACUAAGCAAUCUCAUGGGUGAUUCUGUAGGGGUCUUGCUCGAAACAAACCCUACCUACAUGUAUCAUGUCUGAUUAUAUCUAAUUGUUAGUAGGUGUCUUGACGGCUGUUGUAAGUCAUCUUUCCCACUGAAGAGAUAUUGGUAGUAGGCCUAAUAGAUGUAAAAUUGCCGAUUUCUUUUUAAAAAGAACUUGUGGGCAGUAGUCUCAGUUAUGAUGUACCUUUCGGUUUCUUGUGGAGUUGAGGUGCAGAAGGAUGCGAUACAUAAUGAUGUACACAUCAUUCGCAACAUUCAUCAAUAACGCUGGAUUGGGAUGGUGUGACAACUUUCAUAGGUCCAAGUUUCACUAUCUUUUAUCAAUCUCUGUAUAACUGUAAUGGGGUUGAUUCUGUUAAAUGAAGGUUGUGAGCUUCUCUGUUGUAAGAGUCGAUAUUUUCAAUUUUGUGAUAGAAAUAAACGUAUCA